AUCUUCAGGGCUGGGUCAUCCAUCUGACAGAUCUAGAGCCAAGCACAGAGAACCGCCCAGAAGCCAGCCGCACCAGGCACGGCCGUGUGGUGCUGCCGCUGCUGCUCGCCGGCCCUAACCAGUGGGAAGCCAGCUUCCCCCUCGCCCACGUCCCUCCCGGCCAAGUCAUCCCCUCUGCCCACCUCCACGCCCCGUGCUCUGCGACUGGGGCUGUGCGCUGGGGUCCCGUUGCCUGCGAAGCUUCCCAGGUCCUCCCAGACCCAGGGAGCGGCCCCUCCAGGCCCGCAUACCCCUGAAAGUUGAGGCCCCUCUCACCCUGCCAAAGGCCCGCAGCCCCUCCCCUGCUCCCGGGGAUUGUGAGCUAAGAGUCAGGGCCAAGAGGCUUGGUCUGGAGCUGCGUCCUCUCGCCCGGGGCGGCCUCUCCACCGCACAGGCAGGGGACGCAGCGCGGGCCUAAACCCAUCUAGGGAUGUCUUGCCCCCAGGCCUCAUACUGGCCCCAGGGGACCUCCGUCUGCACUCAAGUUGCAUCCCCUGUAGCAAAAGAGGAAGAUGACAAGGUAGGCGAAGUCAGUACCGAUUGCCAAGUGUCACACGGUCAGUGCAACUCUUUCUCCUUGAGCAAUGAACACAACCACUCCCAGAUAAGUGAACUUUCCUGGAAGGAUAUUACCAAUGCCUUAUCCCUGGCCAACAUGGUCCUGGGGCUCUUCUCCAUCUUCUGCAGCUUCAGCAGGAAACCCCAGUGUGCCUCCUGGAUGCUUCUGAUCAGCUUCCUGUUAGACACGAUCAUCGGGACGAUGACCAGACACCUCCCUGUCUGCUCCAAGCUGGGAGCUGAGCUGAACGAUUUUGCUGUCUUCACCACCUUCGGCUUGGCCUCGGCCCUGCUCCUAGGCGUGGAUGGGCCUCUGAAUGGGUUCCUGGCCAUCAUCUAUGUGCUAGCCGCUUCUUUCCGCCUGUGCUUUUGUCCAACUGGAGGAGCACCCGCGUCCUACAAGGGGCUGCCCUGCCCCUACGCUUCCUGCGUCCUGGCUUCCACCUCGCUCCUGACCAAAGGCAACACCUUCAUCCUCAGCUGCAUGGCCUCGCUGAUGAUCCUCUUCAUGAUCGACCAGAGCUCCUAUCCCCAAGACGAGAUCCUGGAGUCGGAGAGCUGGAAGAAGGUGGUGUACAUGGGAGGUGUCAUCAUGAUGUUCUUCUCCCCGUUCUCUCUCACUGCUUUUUACUGCCUCCUGUGGUCGCUCUCCUACAUCUUCUUCCCGGAUGCCCUGUGGGGCAAGGCGGUCUGUCUCAGGCUAUAGCAGCGAGGAGACAGUCCAUCGGCUCCGCCAGCCCUGCAGGGUUUGCACCAGCACUGGGAUCCUGCCUUGCUUUAUCUUCACUAAAGCAUUUAUUGCAUCUGUGUUGCCAUA